AUGCAGAACCGACCGGUCGCGCACACCAUCAUCAACGCAACACGCUAUCAGGCGGUGGACGACGAGCCGGCCAAGGACCUCGCCGGGAAGCUCGACAGGCAGCUCGGUGGACAGGGAGAAGGCAGAGAUGGGAGGAAUUUCAACUGCGAUGAAUAA